CACAAGUAGUUCUAAGGACCAGCUCCUUCCUCAGAGCUCUGCCAUAGUAAAAACUACAGUGAUGCGUUUUUGUAGUUCUAAUCAGCUGCUCGACCCUGCUGUGCUUCGUUGCUAUGGUAAUGGAUCCUCUUCCAGCUGUAAUGUGUGUGAGACAGAAAGAAUUCUAUCUUUGUGAGACGCCCAGUCAGUUUUGACUGAAAAAAGCGGUCCGAACAACUCCUUCCCAUUCGGAAACCGUGAUACGUAUCGGAAAACCGUUUGAAGCGUAUGAGAGCGCUAUCUUUCGUCUCCGAUAGUCCCGCUAUUCAUAUCUGUACAUCACUCACAUUAAUAACAGCGAUGAGAUAAAAAUGGUGUGCGCUGAGGUCUGACAUUUUUCAGAAAUACAUGGAAGUGAUCCUGGCUGAGCGAGUCGAAAUCCUGUCGCUUGCUUUGCAAGUCAGUAACUGCUCUCCUUAUGCAUUGCUAGGCAGGCCCCAAUUAAAAAAGGACUAAAAUGAACCCACAAUCUAUUUUAAAGAGAGAUUUGUGGUUCUUUUCCCCUAAAACUGGGAUUAAAGAGGUUAAAAUGUAGGAAACAUUAUGAGAAUUUACUGAUUCUCAUAAAAUGAAUGAUGAGGACUGAAGUUGACAAUUCAUUCAAAUAAAAUGUAAAAUUAUGUUUUUGUAGCAAUAUUUAAAAAAGCAUUGUUUUGUGUGCAUGAACCACAGAAAGUUACAGAACAAAUCACAAGAAAUCAAAUAUUUAUUUCCAUUGGUAAAAAAACUAUAAAUAAUGUCACUGAAAAUUUCUCUUCAGUUUUUAGGUUUUGGAACUGAGUUUGUUUUGCAGGUUCUAAAAUCUUAACAGCAGCACUGGGACCACCAGAAGAAACGAGGGAGCCCAAGGACCACCAUGAGGACCACAAGAAGGACCACAAGCAGGACCCCCAUGAGGACCACUGGAGUCUUCAAGGGAGCCCUGGGACUACCAUCUUUAUUUUACCUUUAUUGUUGUUGUUUUUUCUAUAACACAUACAGAAACUGAAUCAUCUCCUCACUCCCCUCUCCAGGGAAAUAGAGAUUUAGGUGACGCAGGACAUUCGAUAACCACUGGGCGUGUUCUGAGAUCAUGAGCGACGAAUCUUUCCGUUUUUUAAUGAUAUGCUGUAUAGACUCGGGUCCCCUGUUUUCACUUCUAGUCUGUGAUCUACGAGGGAGCCCUAGGACCUCCAUGAGGUCCACUGGAGUCUACAAGGGAGGUCUGGGACCACCAGAAGAAACGAGGGAGCCCUAGGACCACCAUGAUCAAUAACAUGUCAGCCCUGUUAAACUGGACCUCUCGGUACACAUCUGCCAUUUUCUUCAUUGACUCGAGGGAGCUCUGUGACCACUGGAGUCGUCCAGGGAGCUCUGGGACUAUCUGAGUUGACGACAGAGUCCUGGGACCACCAGGAGGACAAGUAGGAGGACCACUGGAGUCGACAAGGGAGCUCUGGGACCACAGGAGAAGACGAGGGAGCCCUUGGUCCACCAGGAGGACCACCGGGAGAGGACCCGGUGGUCCAAGAGGACACCAAUCGACGAGAGAACUUUGGGACCACCGGAGUCAAUGAAGCGGCCCUGGGACCAUUGGAGUCGACGAGGGAGUCCUGGGACCACCAGGAGGACAAGUAGGAGGACUACUGGAGUCAACGAAGGAGCUCUGGGACCACAGGCGUCGACGAGGGAGCCCGGAGAUCACCAGAAGCAAAGAGGGAGUCCAAGAACCACUGGAGUCGACGAGGCAGUCUUGUGACCACCAGAAGCUAUGAGGGAACCCUAGGACUACCGUGAGCACCACUGGAGUCAACGAGGGAGCUCUGGGACCACCGGCGUCAACAAAAGUAGCCUGUAGCCUUUACGUAAUAACUCCGCAGAAGAAGAACAGGAAAACCAUUACCGGGUUACGGCCCCCAGAGUAGCUCCCUCUGCUUGUUGUCCGCAGCAGUGAGCUUCAUGGCGGCGGUGCGCAGCUUGCGGGUCUCGGUGAAAUCCGACAGCGGCUCGGAGCGCUCGGAGUCGGACUCUGACUUCGAGUCGGACAGAGAUGGCCGGGAGGCCGAACCGAUGGAGGUGGAGGAGGGAGAGCUGGAGGUGGAGGACGUUACGGUUAGCCGCUCCCUGAAGGAGCUGUUGCCGGACACCAGCCGCAGGUACGAGAACAAGGCCGGAGCCUUCAUCACAGGGAUCGACGUCAACUCCAAGGAAGCCAUUGAGAGGAAGGAGAAGCGGGCGAGACGUUUUCACUUCCGCUGCGAGGAAAAUGUCGGUCAGAGGAACGUCUUCCUGGAUAAAGACGCCAUGAAGAAAGCCAUCCCCAGGCUGCGGAUGGAGGCCAUCCAUGUGACCGGUGUGGACGACAUGAGCACCCAGGACGUCUUCGGCUACUUUAAGGAGUAUCCGCCAGCACACAUCGAGUGGAUCAACGACACGGCCUGUAACGUUGUUUGGCUGGACGAUGACACCUGCAUCAGAGCUCUGAUCAACAGCAGCCGGAUGCCUGAAGCAGAGGCUGUUGCCACGGAGACGGAGUCCGGAUCCCAGCCUGACGACCUGAGCAAAGCUCGUCGGGAUCGGGGAUCUGAGGACGAGGAUGAUGAAGAGGAGGAAGGUCAAGUGGAUGAAGAGGAGGAAGAGGUGAAGAAGAGCAGAGACGAUGAGACCAAGACGGCUGGACAGGUUGGCGACCUGUCGCAAGCGGAGAGAGAGUCUCUGCUGAGGAAUGAACUAAGACCUGCCAUCAAACCGUUCAAAGGAAACAAGCUGCUGCUGCGCUUCGCCACGCAGGAUGACAGGAAGGAGCUGGGAGCGGCGCGCCGCAGCAGAUACUACAUGAAGUACGGAAAUCCAAACUACGGAGGCAUGAAGGGAAUCCUCAGCAACUCCUGGAAGCGGCGGUACCACAACAGGCGGAUCCAGAGGGACGUGAUCAAGAGCAAGAAGCCUCUGAUUGGAGACAGCAUGGGACACACUCCGCCAUACACACACCGACACUCCGCUGACCUGGUCAACCUCCCUGAGGAGCCCAUAAAGGAGGAAGAAGAGGAGGAGGACGAAGAGCAGGAGGACGAGGCCGACGAGGACAUGGACUCUGACGACAGGGUGGUGGAGUACAAAGAGAGGGGCGGAGCCUCGCGGCCGCUGGGGGCCGGGCUUCGCAGCCGGGCGGAGCGCUCUCCCUCGCCGUGGUCCGAGUCGGACGAGAUGGACUAUGACCUGGAGCUGAAGAUGAUCUCCACGCCGUCGCCCAAGAAGAGCAAGAAGAUGACCAUGUAUGCCGAUGAGCUGGAGGGCCACCUGAAGAACAUCAGGAACCGAAUCGGGUCGUCAGGCUCUCAGAACCGGGCCAAGGCCUCGUCGCCCCCCAAGGUGACGGACGUCCGGCAGCUGCUGGAGGAGAAGCGUCAUAGCGGCUCUGGCGGCUCUGGCAGCAGGCAGCGCUCCCCGGUGGCCAGCAGCAGGAAGACAGACGUGAGGCAGCGUCUUGGGAAGAGGCGCUACUCACCCGACAGGCGGCGCUCAGCCUCGCCUCCGUCCCCCAGGGACACACCCCCGCCCCGGGAGCCAAUCAGCAACGUGCACCGCAGACUGGGCGUGGCCAGCCAGGACAGCAGAGGACCAAAGGCUUCGGUAGACAGGAAGACGAGCGCUCUGUGGAGCAGGCUGGGUUCCGCCGCUGGCGACGACGGCAGCAACAAUGCCGGGCAUCACGAACGCAGGCAGAGCAGCCGCCCAGAGCGGCAGGACGCCAGCCGGAGGAGGCGGGGUGACGGGGAAGAGGAAGAAGAGGAGAGAGAGGAGGAAGACGACUCUACGCUGCAGAGGGUCUGGGGCGCCAUGAUCAAACAGAAACAGGAACGCCGCAGCCACAAGAUGAAGAAGAGCCGACUGGACAACCUGCCGUCGCUGCAGAUCGAGAUCAGCCGCGACAGCAGCGACGACUCGGACGCUUGAACCCAGGGGGUGGUGCCUAGCACCUCCACCUGCUGGGAGCGGAGCCUACCACCCCUUCACCUGCAGGGGGCGGGGCAGAGCGCCGUCACUCACCAUUCCUGUUACUGAGGAGGAGCUGGACUUCCUGUUCACCGGGAACACAAUGAGACUUGGGGCAGAUCUGAGAACGCAGGACCCUGAUGGGACUGCGCCCCACUGCCUGAACCCUUCCUGCUUCUGUUUGUAGAUUUUUAUUUCCUUCCUGUGUGACGCCAUCAGCUUCCUCUUCCUCUGUGGGACGGGAUCCAGGAACCGGGUCAGGUUGCCAGGUCACCAGGUCCACAGCAGCUGUUGAGCCCGUGGAGCCGCUCUUCCUCUCACGAUUAUGAUGAUGAUGAUGAUGAUCCAGGUCAGAGUUAAAACAGUGGGACAGCAAAGCAGCCAAUCAGCUUUUAGCCUGAUGCUGAUUGGCUGCUCAAUAAACUCUGUUUUGCCUGAUGUUUGACCUCUACAUUCUGCCACUCUAACCACAAAGCAGAGCAGAACUGUGAAGUGGGAGGAAUAUGAUUCAUUGUUUGAUUUUUCUUAAUAAAAAUCUGGAAAGCAA